UAAUGACGUUUUAUUGGCUAUGGGUCUUGUUUUAUUACAUUAAUGAUUAUACGGACAUUCCUGUAACCCUUCACUUUAUACAUGUAUUAGUAGUGAAAAAAUUGAAAUAUUUUGGAAAUGAAAAAGUUUCUGCUUAAACAAAGUAUUCUGGUAUCUAUAAUGUUUUUCGUAAGCUUUGCGUGCAUGAUACACUUUACUGGCACUUUUCGGAAAACUCGUUUUUUAAAUACAGCGUGGAUUAAAAGAUAUUCUAAUGAAACUAGGGUCAGACAAAAAAGUUUGCCUGCUUCGCCAAAGAAAAAUAUGAAAGGCUCAGUUCAAGGAUUAGUUCUUCAAGGAGUUAUGAAGAGCAAUGUACAUGAUAAACAUGAUAAAAAUAAAAAAGGUUCAGAAAAUGGUAACAAAGGACUAAUCAGCGUUAAUCAACGUUUACAAUCAAAUAUAUUAACUGAAACUGUAGAUAUAAACAGACUUGAAACAAAGCAUUAUUCUAAAAGAUUUAGGAGGGUUAAAGAUGUGAAUUGUGAAGAGCUAUUUGAUCAUAACACAAAAGAGAUACAAAGAGCAAACAAAAUUCCGUUACCGACUAUAGAAAUAGAAAGAUACAGAAAAAUGACAGCACAAUGUAAGAGAUUUAAAGUAGCAAGAGGAUAUAUUACAGAUGUUUUAAGUAAGGAAGAGCAGGAGUUUCCUAUUGCUUUCAGUAUUCUUAUGUACAAAGAUGUUGAACAAGUUGAAAGACUAUUACGAGCAAUAUAUCGACCUCAAAAUAUUUACUGUAUUCACGUUGAUAAAAAGACAAGUUAUAAAAUUUUCGCAACAAUGAAACGUAUAAUAAGAUGUUUCAGAAAUGUAUUUAUGCCGACAAAACGGAUAUCAGUGGUCUGGGGAGAGAUGACCGUGUUAGAGCCCGAAAUUCUUUGCAUGAAUGAAUUAUGGAAACGGAAUAAAAAAUGGAAAUAUUUCAUUAACUUAACUGGACAGGAAUUUCCACUUAAAACAAAUUACGAAUUAGUGAAGAUUUUAAAAACCUACAAUGGAUCGAAUGACGUAGAGGCAACUCGGAAAAGAAAUCAUGCAAGGUGGGCUAAUGCACCUGAUCCGCCGCACAACAUAAUACCAACAAAAGGUGCCGUUCAUAUUGCUGUUAGCAGAGGAUAUGUUGAUUAUCUAUUACAUGACAAACGAGCCCACGAUUUACUAAAGUGGACAAGUUUGACAAAAAUACCGGAUGAAACGUUCUUUUCUACUCUAAACCAUAACGCACAUCUAGGUGUCCCGGGCUCUUACAAAGGUCACCCAGAAACAACACCACAAAAGAACAGGCGCAAACCGUACUUGGCUAGAUUCAAAAACCGCGGGAAAUACAUCUAUAAUUGGUCUUGUAGUGGCAAGAGGGUAAGAAGCAUGUGUGUAAUGGGUCACGGAGAUCUUGCACGUCUUGCAAGGAGAAAGGAACUUUUUGCCAAUAAAUUUUAUUUGACUUAUCAGCCUUUUGUAUUCGGCUGUCUUGAAGAGAGAAACUUCAAUCGCACACGCGACGAGUACCUGGGAAAACUGACAUUUGAUACAACAUGGUAUCAGUCUUUAGGCUUUAUAAAAAACAAAGUGAACUGAAUACAUGCUAUAAUGUAACUGAAUGUCUUAGUUGUUAAUACGGAACUGUAAUUUUAAGUUCAAUCAGGGCCUCUGUCACAUAUAUGUGUAAUUUGAUACACAUUUAGAUGAUAUUUCUAAUUAUCUAUUAAUUUAAGUACAAUAUGUACAUUCAAGUCUCGGGUUGCUUUAUGUCAGAGGAUAAUAUACAUGAUUAUAAAAACAUGUUAGCUCAUGGAAUACCUGUUCUCAAAAUAGUUUUACAUGAACAUGCCUUUUGAUAUUGCCAAAAAUAAAAUGUGAAAAAAAAACAUGCUGUUAUAAAAGUAAUGUUAUUUGUUGUGCCCGCUAUUUUCUUAUAUAACUAAAUUAUAUGUAUUAAACCACAAUCAUGUCAGCACUUACCCCAGUACGAGCACGUCAGUAUAAACAUUUUAUGAUGGAGAGCAGAACAGAGCAAAAUUUUAUCUAAUGCUUAUACAAAGCACACCAUUCCAUAAAUAUUAAAAUUCAACAACAUAGUACUACGUGAUAAUUUGACUUAAAACGAUGUAGGAAAGAAAGAAAAAAACACUCGAUGCAACAAUUUUACUAGCAUAAUAUAUGUUCUUUAAUAAUUGGAUACAUGUCAUUCAUUUGCAAUGUCGUUCAUCAUGCUUAACA